AUGGCUGAUGCAGAAACUAUUCCACUGCGGGUGUACAACCCAGGUAAGGUUGCACGUGUGCUGCAGGCUGGAACGAAGAUUGGAGUGCUUACGCCGGUAAAAGAAGUAAGGGAAAACCAGGAUUUUGGAGAAAGUGGACGAGAAGCCGGACGGAUCCCAGAACACUUGGUAGACCUUUAUGAAAAAAAUGUGGCAGCGGCACCAGAAUAUCGGGACGAGAUAGCCAAAUUAUUUCGGAGGUACCAACAUGUUUUUUCUACCAGUAAUGCAGACCUAUGUCAAACAGACUUAGUUAAGCACCAGAUAAAUACGGGAAACGCAUCACCAAUACGAGAAGUACCCCGGCAACAUCCUGUAAAAUACCAGGGGGAAAUUAGGGAACAAGUAGCAGAUUUAUUAAGCAGGAGUGUGAUCGAACCUACCGAAAGCCCAUUGGCGGCUAACAUCGUAUUGGUCGCCCAGAAGGAUGGGACAAAGCGCUUUUGCGUGGACUACCGUGAAGGACGCUUAUCCAAUUCCCCGUAUAGAUGA